AUGAGAGCCUUCUACCUGCACAAGGACAUCGCGCCCUCCGAGCUGCCCUCGACGCUCUCGAGCGAUGUGCCCGAGCCCAAAGCCGCGGCUGGAUCCAACGAGGUGAUCGUUGACGUGCACUCGGCCGCGUUCAACUUUUUCGACAUCCUCGCCGUGCAGGGCAAGUACCAGGUCAAGACCCCGCAUCCGUAUGUGCCCGGUGUCGAGAUGGCCGGCAUCAUCUCCAAGGACUCUCCCAUUCCUGAAGGCUGCGACUUUGUCCCCGGAAAAACGCGUGUGUUCGGCGCAGCCCAGGGUGCAUACGGUGAGAAGACCAAGGCAGACUACUGGCAGCUUAUGGAGGUGCCCGAGGGGAUCUCUCUCGAGCAGGCGGCGGGGCUGUUCAUCACGUGGCCUACGAGUUAUGCCGCGUUGAAGUUCAGGGCUGACGUGCAGCCGGACGAGUGGGUGCUCGUGCAUGCCGGUGCCGGAGGUGUGGGCAUCUGCGCCAUUCAGAUUGCCAAAGCUAUGGGUGCAAAGGUCAUCGCCACAGCAGGGUCGGACGACAAGCUGCGCGUGUGCAAGGAACACGGAGGCGCCGACUUUGCCAUCAAUUACCGAGACAAGGACUGGCAAGCCCAGGUCAAGAAAAUCACCGAAGGCCACGGCGUCGAUGUAGUCUACGACCCCGUCGGUAUGAUCGUCCCCUCGCUGAAAGUCAUCGCAUGGAACGGCCGCAUCAUCGUUGUCGGCUUCGCAGCAGGUACGAUCGAAAAGAUCCCCGCCAACCUCAUCCUGCUUAAAAACGUCGCCGUCACGGGCGUGCACUGGGGCGCCUACGUGCGCAACGAGCCUGACAAAAUUGGCGAAACAUGGGAAGCUUUGCUUGAGAUGUUCAAGACCAAGCAAGUGGUGCCGACCGUGUUCGACCACAUCUACGAAGGGCUCGAGAGCGUUCCUGCCGGCCUGAAGGAUCUGGCCGAUCGAAAGACGUGGGGCAAAGCGGUGGUGCGUAUCCGUGCUGACCCGCAGUUCCCGCCCAAGGGCAAGCACAAGCUCUGA